CUGCCAAAGAGGGACAAUUAUUGGUAAAACAAACUGCUGAAAAUGUUGAUGAUGCUGUUAGAGAACUUCCAGAUGCUAAUAUGGCAUAUGGAGAUUCAUCUUUCCGGGAUUAUCAUCUUAUUGAAAUUUAAAUAGACACCACAUUCCAUUUUUGCAACUAAAAAACAUGAUGGGCUUCUUCUUCUCUUUGAUGUCACACCACAAAGCUGUUCUCACUUGCUUUGUGUUCUUCUUCCUGCUUUCUUGCACCUGCUUCACCUCAACAGAUUAUUUUGGGUUCUUCUUCCAAGGCUCGAAGACAGAUUCUUGCUGAGAUGGGAUACGAGUUUACAAUAAUGACUGCGGAUAUUGAUGAGAAAAGUAACUGGAAGGAAAAGCCAGAAGAUUUGGUUAUGGCAUUGGCUGAGGCGAAGGUUUGUGAUCAGAACAAAGUAAAUGGAAGUGGAGUUGAAAUAGUUUCGGAUGAAGUGAAAUCAAAAUCAUUUAGAAAAGCCAAGUAUGAUGAUGAAAUGCCUCCUAACAUCGACCUUGACGAGUGGGAUCACACAGCAUCCAGAACCGGUAGCAGCUCUAAUCAUGCUUCUUCAACUCAGUCUUUGAAUCCUUUAAGUAGAUUCCUUUCUCGCUUUAGCUUCAUUCCUGGUAACAUAAGCUUCAGACUUGGCAGAACCACCAGUCUUGGUUCAUCAAGGCCUUGUCCUGUUUCUUCUGGAAGUCUCACCAUAUUUAACAGUGAAGAUGAGCUUAAUCCUCAUCCAAGCCACCCUGGAAGUUUGAUUAAUAGAAAUGAAACUCAACAACGUAGAGAAUUGCUUAAUGCAUCUUUUGAUGAUCGAGUGCCUAUUCGAAGAAGAGAAGGAAAUUCGAAGAAUAGAAGAACGUAGCAUACAGUUUGAAGAAGGGAAGACAAUUAGGGGUUUUGGGUAUUUUUUUAUUAAAACAAUGAGAUAUUGGUCAAUGAUGUUGAAAAAUAACAUCCAAUUUUA